UAUACCAGCCAGUUGUGUUGCAGCUCUCGUGGGAGUAACUCACUUAUUCUAUCAACAUUUGAGUGCUGGUCUGUUCCAACGGGUAGGGCAACAUGGCUCCACAGAUAAAAGAGGCGUCAGGGGAGAAACCCGCAUAUGCUGAACUGAACAAUCUGAUAUCGGAAAAGCUGGGCGGACGGAUCCUGUUCGCAACUGAUGACUGGUUCACUGUAGCUGAGAAUUUAUUAAAGGAGAGUGAGCCAGAGUGGCGGGAGGGAGAAUUUACGGAGUUCGGCAAGUGGAUGGACGGCUGGGAGACGCGACGGAAGAGGAAGCCUGGCCAUGACUGGUGCAUCAUCAAACUCGGUGUGGCUGGGGUGGUCGAGGGUGUAGACGUAGACACUUGUCACUUUACUGGUAACUACGUGCCUCGGGUGUCCAUCCAAGCAGCCGUCCUCACCCCUGAAGAGGAGAAAGUCAUCCCAGAGAGGAAGAGCGAGAUGGGCACUGAAGCCUCAGACCAGCAGCUGAAAGAGGUGGAAGCCCUCAACUCACAGGAAUGGACGACUAUCAUCCCAAGGAGUCAAGCCGGACCAGGCUACCCCUCCACUAGGCACACCUACCUUCCUUCGGAAUCCAACGGUCGCUAUACCCAUCUUCGGCUGAACAUCUACCCUGACGGAGGAAUCGCCAGGCUCAGAGUCUUCGGGUAUGCGGUUCCUGACUGGUCACUCGUAUCCCCAACACAAAUGUUGGACCUGGCGUCGGUGGAGAGUGGUGGUGUGUGUUUGGAAUACAGCGACGCGCACUAUGGUCACCCUCGCAACCUCAUCGGUCCUGGCCGAGGCGUCAACAUGGGCGACGGGUGGGAGACGGCACGCAGGCUGGACAGACCACCCAUCCUUGUUGCUGACGGUAAAGGAGUGCUGGAAGUGAGCGGGUAUGAGUGGACUGUGCUGCGUCUGGGUCACCAUGGCAACAUCCUCAAGGUGGAGGUGGACACUCACCACUUCAAGGGCAACUACCCUGACUCGUGCAGAAUAGACGGUUGCCUCCUAAAACAAGGCCAGCAUCCUACAAACUUCGGCAAUGAUGACUCCCUCUGGCUGACCAUACUGUCCCCACAGAAGAUGCGCGCGCACGACCAUCACUUCUUUGAGGCUGAAUUGGAGAAAGUGGGUCCAGUGUCUCACGUCAGGGUGGUCAUCGCCCCUGAUGGAGGCAUAAGUAGAGUCAGGAUAUACGGCAAUAUCACACCCACCGAAUCAUAAUAUCGACAGAAAUUGUAACUAGAAGAGGAAUUGGUAAAGUACCUACAACGCUGCCGUUUUACCACCACCACCAUCAAUAACGGGAAGAACAACAGCUUCAACGGUAACGGCAGAAACAGACCUUUAGCCCAAGGAUCUCAAAAUUUCAAUCGGCUUCCAUUUAUAAAUAAACUCCUAUAAAAACCCCGUAUGUCGAUAUAUUUAAUAUAACGUUGAGACUGUAAUAAAAUGAAAAGUGAUUUUCAAAAAAUUUGGCCAAGUUUGUUCUGAGUGUUAGUUUGUUUAAUUAUAUAUCAAUCUGGAUUAAUGUUGAAUAAAGUCUUGCAAAAUAAAA